AUGUUUAACGCGCGAGGAACUUGUCGCAGGUCGCUGACGGAGCGGGGCGAGCUGUGCCGGCGCGCCGCGGGGCUGGGGCCGAGCCCCGUCGCGGGGGCGGGCAGCGCGGUAGCCGCCGCCGCCGCCGCCGCCUCCGCCACCGCCGCCGCCGCCGCCAACGCCGCCGCCGCCGGCGCGUCGUCGCUGGCUGCUGACCGUCUCCGCCGCCGCCGCGCUGUUGCCGUAGCCGCCACUCUUCUGCUGUGUUCAAAGGCGUCCGCGCCUCGCUGCACGAGCUUACUAUGUACUACUUCUCCGGUCGCCGCCGCCGCCGCCGCCGCCACCGCCUUCGCACUCGCGCACUUGCAGUCACCGCCGCCGUCACCGCCGUCCGUCCCCCGCCGCACCGCCGCCGCGCUCGCUGUUUCGCAUCAUCACUCGCCGCCACCGCCGACGUCAGAGAGAAUGUCCUUCCUCUCGUGUGACGUCACGCCUGGUUCCCGGAGUUUGUUAAAGCUCGCUUUACACGAUCCGAAAAAAUAUACAUAA